GAACCACAGACUUCUGCCUUCGAGGUCUCCGCACUCGCCGGAAGGCCUGGUGGCAACAAGGCCAUAUCUCCGGCAGACGGGGCCAGUCCACAUCUAUCCGAAAGGCGGCUAUUGACUGAGCUGCAGCGAACCUCCUCGUUCCAGAUUUCUGUCUUUGAUCGCUUGGAGGACGGGGCGCUUGAUGAGCCAACGCAGAGCAGUGAGGAACAAGUUGGUGCGAUGACACUGAGAAAGGAUCAGCUGCAAAUCGUGCAUGCCGACCCGGCCGUAAUUCUCAUCCCGAACCUUUGGAGUCCAGAGGCCUGUGAAAGGCUCAUCUUCACCGCAAAGUGCAGCGACUGGGCUGCAAGACCCAAGGGUACAGGCGUGGGCAGUAUUGGACUAGUGAAGAGGUUCAACAAUGUUUCAGAGCUGCACCAUCGGAAUGCGGAUGUCAAUCUCCCCGACUAUGUGCACCGCUGCAGGUAUGGGGCCGAGGCAUUGGUCCGGAAGCUGUUUCGCGACCUCACAGGAGUGCUGGGUGUUGGUGGCACUGAUGCCAGAGUCUACACGGCAGAGUAUCCACAGGUGGUUCGGUACGAAAGGGGGCAACGCUUCGACUUGCAUCAGGACGCUUUCGCUUGGGAGCAAGCCCACGAGGACGGGUAUCAACGCCACGCUACGCUCUUGGUGUACCUGAACACGGUGGGCUUGGGUGGGUCCACCAGGUUCCCGGAGUUGGCAGUGGAUGUUCAGCCGCAACGUGGUCAGGCCAGCCGGAUGCAGCCGGAUGCUUGCUGUUAUUUGCUAGGGAUUGCGAGGAUGAGUCGGAAGUAG